UUACCACCGCACUUAUUAAACGCGCGUCAAACCUCCGAUCAAUCACAUCAAAACGCUGUCAGGGAAGACUUCGUUUUGUUUUCGAUAAUCACACAAUAACACAAGCAAGAUGUUAAAGUUCUUCACCAUUUGCCUUCUUACGGUUUUCACCGUCGCCACAGCGAAACCACAAUGGUUGGUACCAAGCACUUAUACCGCUCCUGUAGGUGCUAUUGCUGCACCAUCCGUAGCCUUAGCGGCACCCUCGUUUGUUGAACCUUAUUAUGCCUCAUAUGCUGUCACUCCUUGGUGGUCAUCGUAUGCUGCAUAUCCAUAUGCUGGUUCGUACUGGUGAUGAAUUGUUAAUAAAAAAACGUGCGUAAAAACAACGAAAGUAGUCACGAUUUUUAUACGUAAAUCGUUUGUUAACACUUUACUCACAAUUUUAUCUUUGUUAUGCGUAAGAUACAAUUAAGCCGAUAUUAUAUUUUUCAUAUGU